AUGCCUCGUUUACAAAGAUUACGUCUUUGGCGACAAGAUGAUUUUCCUUGGACAUCUAUUCGACCAACUUGUGAUGCCGACCAGAGAAGCAGCAGAUAUGGAUGUUUUAUUCUACGAUGGCUCAAAUCUCUAAAAACACCUGAAUCGAUUGCACAACAUACAACUAUUUUUGAACAAGAUCUUGGCCAGCUGGUCGAAGCAUUAAAAGAAUUUACGUUGAUUGAUAUUUAUGGCGAAAUUCAUUACGAAAAAGUUGAAUCUUAUCGUUUAAUGGCCGAAACUCGUUUUCCUAAAAGUCGAGUAGAGGUUGAUACAUCAAGAUUUUGUCUUUGGAUUUAA